AGUUCAUUGCAUUAGAAAGGCAGGCAAUUAUGUUUUAUUGUGGGACUGUAUACGACAUCUCCGAUGGAAACCCAGGGAAGGGUUACACUGCUCUACAGCCAAAAUGCUUCUGAAAUAAAUGUAGUCAAACUUUACUAAUUCUGGGUCACUGAGAACGAAAAUGAUGCUUAAAAUUGUUGAUUGGCUCUAGUUUUCAAGAUAUGCUAUUGGGUCAGUAUAUACGACUCUUGACUUGGGAAUGGCAGAGGAUAAGUGAGUUAUAAAGGGAAGGGAUCUCAAUUUAAACCAGAAAUGACUCAAAUACAUAAUUGACUGGAUCUAUGAAUAAAUCUAUGACUGGGUUUGGACAGUACUUGCUUUUUAGGCAAAACAAUGAAUGAUGCAAUCUGAAGCUGGUAUUGCGUCAUCCAUGAUAUGAAUUGCAUCAUGUUAUUCCUAGAAGUCAUGGAUGAUGCAAUCAUAACGAAGCUUACAUCACUCUGCUGAACAAAUUGCCCUAUAUCAGCUCUAGAAAUCAUACAGUGUCAUGCUCUCUUAUUUGUGUUUGAUUUUGCAAAGGGACACAUUUCUGUUUAGCCAAAGUGAGCAGAGAUGCCUCGUACUUGUGUGAACAGUGCAGAUAACUUCUGCUAUGUUUAUGGUGAAGUGACUUUUGCAUCACAAAAGCGCAGUAUAACCACUAUGGUUAAGAAAGCCCAUCACCUUUAUUUUGGCUGCAAAAUUGGAGAUCAGGACAAGAGGUGGGCCCCACACAUAUGCGGCAACACUUGUGCAACUAAUCUUCGCCAGUGGUUGAACAGGAAAAGGAAAUCUAUGCCUUUUGCAGUGCCAAUGAUUUGGAGAGAGCCAACAGAUCAUACCAGCAAUUGUUAUUUCUGUAUGGUGCCUCUAGUUGGGAAAGGUGUGUCAAAGAAGAAAAAGUGGACUGUGCAUUAUCCAAACAUUCCAUCAGCUAUAUGCCCAGUACCCCACGGAGAAGGACUGCCGGUUCCUGAUGCACCAGAAUCAUUCUCACUUGAGUCAGAAGAGGAAGAGGAUGAAACUUCUGGUCCUGAACCAUCAAUGUCACAGGACCCACAUUUUCUCCCAUCCUCCUCCUCUGAACCACACCUCAUAACACAAGGUGAACUGAAUGACCUUGUCAGGGAUUUGGAACUACCCAAGAGUAAGGCAGAGCUGUUGGGCUCCAGACUACAGCAGUGGAAUCUCCUGGCAGGUGAUGUUAGGGUUUCCAUGUUCCAUGACCGUCAAAAGAAUCUUGUCCCAUUCUUCUUCAUGGAAGAUGAUCUUGUAGCCUGCAACAACAUCGAUGGUGUGAUGGCAGCCCUCAACAUCGUUCACGAUCCAGAUGAGUGGAGACUGUUCAUUGAUUCAUCGAAGACGAGUCUUAAAGCUGUUUUACUGCAUAAUGGCAAUGUUUUGCCAUCAAUUCCAGUUGGUCAUGCAGUCCAUAUGAAGGAAACCUAUGACAACAUGCAACAACUUUUGAGGUGCAUAAACUAUGACCAACAUCAGUGGCAGCUUUGUGGCGAUUUGAAGGCUGUUGCUCUCUUGCUUGGUCUGCAGACUGGAUACACAAAGUACUGCUGUUUUCUCUGUGAAUGGGAUAGUCGUAAAAGAGAUUCCCAUUACAUCAAGAAAGAUUGGCCACUCCGACAGUCAUUGGAGCCUGGGAGGAAAAGUGUUCAGCAUCCACCACUUGUUGAAUCAAGGAAGAUUUUGUUACCACCCUUACACAUCAAGCUGGGUCUGAUGAAGAACUUUGUCAAGGCCAUUGACAAAACACAAGCAGUUUUCAAGUACCUCCAUGGAAAAUUUCCAAGGUUAAGUGAAGCUAAGAUAAAGGAAGGUGUCCUUGUUGGUCCUCAGAUUCGUGCAUGGCAAGGAAAAGAUGGCAUGGAAAGCCUUCCAGUUAGUGUCAAUAAAUUUUCUCGGAAACAACAAGGCAGACAACUACAGGUUGUUGGUGGAAAACCUCCUCAAGGCAUACAAAAGCCUUGGUUGCAACAUGUCACUAAAGAUACAUUUUUUGCACUCUCAUCUAGAUUUUUUUUCCACCGAACUGCGGAGCAGUGAGCGAUGAGCACAGCAAGCUGUGGAAGCAGAGAAAGAACUGACAGGAAGGGGAUGCAAUACAUGACAGUUCGUUAGCAAGAGUCAGGCUAACUGUAACCCUGAUAACGCGAGAUUUGUAGAAGCGAGGAUUGUGUGAGGCGGGUGAGAAAGAACUGUGUAAGAAGUCAUUAUGACCUGGUAUAGAUAAGGUGUAGAAGACCUUGUGUAGAUAAGGUAUAGAAAAUAUUGUAUGUUGGCAAGAGUCAAAACAAGUGAGGAAAUGAGAUAUCAAGAUGGCCUAUGUAUAAACAAAAUGCAACUGUUGCUCAUUAUUGUCUGUAACAAAAGGUAUAAAUGCUUGCUGUAAUUGUUUACCUGUUGAGAGACCUGCUUAGCUCUCUCCUUCUGCGCAAUUGUGAGAGUUAAUAAAGCAUCUGACUUGCUAUACCUAAACAAAUAGUGAGAACUCUGUUUUUCUCCGACAAUUUGGGGGCUCGUCCGGGAUGGCAACGCCCGCAGAGGCACCGGCAGCUGCUACGGAUCGUUCCCCUUUGAACCCCAUGGCGCCACAAUAGAGGUAGGAGACCUUUUGAAAUCUCUAUUGGGGUGUCAGAGGAGGACUGUCCGUGGGGUCGUCUGUCCCUGUUGGGCUCACGCCAUCCGAACUUAUUGACUGUGCAGCAAGGUCAGAUGCUGAGCGGCUUAGGGGAAUUGUUGCCGCCCCCUGUAUGCAUAUGCUAGGUGCAUAGGGUUUGCACCUGUGUUGAGGGGUUGUUACCGCCUCAGGAGGGGUUUUUACCGCCUCGAGUGAUGCAUCGAGGUACUUGGGAAUAGUACCUGGAAUAAGGCCUUGGUGUGUGUGUGUGUGUGUGUGUGUGUGUGUACACCAGUGUGAAUUGAGUGUUACCGGAAGACGCCCAGAGUACUCUGCGAAGUCUUUUGGCUCGUGACCAGAACUACUCUAAUGCAAGCCCGGUAACUAGAGGAUCUUUUAGGAGAUCCGACCCACGGUGGGCUAACUCGGGCUGGCAUCGUCCGGCGAGGAGGCUACCUGGGUCUAGGAGUGUGUGAACCCAUCUUCCCUCCCCUUUUCCUCUCCGUGUGAGCCACUGACAGUCUGAUCAUCUCACUGGAUGCAACAGAGUAAGCGGCGCCAUCUCUCGGAGACUAGCCGAUGCUCUUUGCUGAAAGGAGGUGUAGGAGGGUCGUGGCCAUCCUCGUUAGUCUCUCCUGUGUGAAUACCCUGUAGGGAGAGAUCCUUAGUUUAUGUGCCGCUAGCGCGGACAGGGCAUCCUCCUCCCUGUGUGUGUGAUUGGAAAAUGGGUGGGGGACAGUCUAAGGAUUCCCUCUCACCCACUAAGGGUACCCCAGCUUAUUUCAUGUACGUACAUUAUGGUACUAAAACCUGCAGGUAUUUAGAGAAUUGAAAUCAUUACACGCGUGAAAAUUCAUCUAAACAAUACCCACUAGAAGGUACCUUCAAUCUAGAUAAGAUCAUACAUCUCAGAGGAGCUUUUAAACACCAAAAAGCCUCUGACACACAAUGGGAGCAAUUUGUCUAUUGAGGAAAGGAAGGGGUUAAUUUGAAAUUCAGCUUGGUCCAGAGAUAAAGAGAAAGUUAAUCUGCGUUCAAGGUCAAGAAUCAAUGCAGACCAGGCUAAGUACAAAGAAAAACUGUUUUCGGCCCCAGCUGACUGUGAAAAAAUAUAGACAUAGUCAAACCAAAGGCAAUACAAGUUACAGUGCUGAGAUUACAUUUGCAAAGCUUAACUGUCCAGUGAGAUCCAACAGUCUGCCUUUGCGACCCUGGAGCUGGCGUGGUUUGGGGAAGCUGAAGAAGCCACAGGCAGCCGGCCUGGACUGGAAUCACUGAAAAGACGCCCCAGGAGACCUCAGGGUGUAAAAGAACUGCCCUCCCAAGAGAGGAAGCAAGUUGGAGAUUGCACAGCACCUUCUCUGAACGUUAUACACAGACGUGGCCAGUCUGGACGUACGUGUAUCACUGGGUGUUUGAAAGCAGGAGUUAGAAGUAAAAGGCAAUCAAAGUCUGGGAAAGUUAAUUGUGUCCCUUUUUACAUAAGAAUUUUUAAGCUGUGGAUAGCUUUGGAUCUGGAAGCAAGCCAGAAAGCAUCUGUAUUAAUGCAAUUUUCUAACUAAUAAGGUAGAAGCCACUGAAACCUGGGCUGCCUAUGAAACAAAUACAAGGAAAUAUGGGGUAAUUCCUCUGUUUUGUCUAAAAUCAACAAGAGUAUGUGUGUAUAUAAAGGAAAUAUUUUAAGCAAUGACUGACUACCCAGAAGGGGUAGACCUCUGUUCUUUUGUCUUUCAGAUCAUCAGAGAAAACGGAUGCCAGCUGAACAGCAUUCAAUGUACCAUGCAUUUACUGGUUAAAAGAAGCCAAGAAGGGGAGAAGGAAAAAGAACAGAACGAGUUAACUGAGGAAAAAUAGCUAGCAAGCUCAGUCCAAAGAUAAGAUGCUGGCACCAUCCAAGGACACUGCCCACAGCUAAGACUUGGCUGAUAGCCAAGAAAAGGGGGGCCUGAAUGUGCCCAAGCAACUAUGAGAUCUGCAAAACACUGCCAGGCAUUAAUGAAAUGUGUUAGGUUUCUUUUCUCACAGAUAAAAGAAGUGCUACCCAAAGACCCUAGCAGCCCUGCCAUUCAUUGAAACAAGGAGACUGAGUCUACGUAAAGUCCAUCAACGAAAGACUGCUUUGGCUCCACACUGGAAAGGCCCUUUCCAAGUCCUGUUAACCACCACCACCACCACUGUGAAGUGCCAAGGACUACCUGCCUGGACCCAUGCUUCUCACUGUAAAAAGACCCCUCCACCUCGGGAGGACUCUCCGACUGAUGAUCAGCCUAUUUCUCCUUCUAGCUCUGCUGUGUCUUCUGGACAGCAGGAAAAAAAAAAAAAAAAAAGACAAGGUGAAGUGCUAGUAACCUCUCCCUUGUCCAUUGACAGACCUACUGUGCCUCUGGAUUUUUCUAGAAGAAGCAAAACCAUUACAGGGUGAUGUGCUAGUAACCUCUCCCCUGUAUGAUGCUAAACCACACUGUUUCAGGAAAAGAGAAGAAGGAACACUUGCUUCACUGAAACCACAAAGUCCAGGGAUUCCUGACUACAAGAGACGUUAAGAACUGACCCUGGUGAAGAAACAAAGAAUUAUACACUGGCAGGAAGAAACUUGUGGGACCCAUGCUUGGGAACGUGGUAUUGAUUGGAUUUUGGGGUUUAUUCUACAGGCUGCACCCUGUGUUUUGGAUAAGUCCUUCAGCAUGUAUUGCCCUCCCUAAUUGGAUUUUAAAUGAUAAGUACCGAAGGCACCUUGUUGCCAUUGCCCCUGCCAUCUCCUCCAUUACACUAUUACCCCUGUAACACAUCCAAAUACAGACAAUGCCAUAUAUUUGAUAAAACCAAUGACUAAGGCCUUCACACUUUAGUGAUUUAUUUAAAUAUUGUUUGAAAAAAUAUAUUUUUAAGGUUCAGGAUAUCCCAUAUAAGCGAACAAUUGAAUGGAUCAGUGGAGAUAAAAGUAUAUGAUAUCACUACCAGUGAACCCAAGAAUUUAUAAUUGCUCACAGGGGGCUGCCAUUAGAUUAGCACAACAGAGGGCUUGGGUUAUUUCCUCUAGAAAGAAGAGAGACUUGACCGGAUCCCUUUGGGAUGGGGCCAAUAAUGCAGCAGCAGUUUGGAAUAUUUUUAAGAACCAAGAACAUGAUGAGAAAUUGGGGCAACUAGAGAAGGCCAUUGGCCUUGUUUCUGGAGCACAACUAACUCAGGUACAGGCUGGAGUUGAUGAGUUACAUGUUAUUUCCGCCCUUAGUUCAAUGACCCAGAAGUUGCUGACAGAGAUGGUAUUGAAUAUCACUGAGGCUGGGAAGGCAUUGCAGUGGGAUCUAGCAUGCUCAGAGAUUCAGGAUUUCUUGAAUGACCAGCUAAUGGCCAUUCGGAAUGAUCUAGAGCACCAGACUUGGUCCACUGCCCUUACAGACACAUCAGGAGUACCAUCUGAUCUGUGGCCAUGGAGACAUACUUGGAAACUUUCUGGGUGGAAGUGUGGACGUUCUCAGUGCUCCUUCCAAGCAUAUGGACCGGUUCAGGGGGUGUGGGCUCCCACAUACCGAAUCCUGCCGGGUCCAUGGGGAGGAUGCAUGUGGGAUUGGGUAAUUCACCGAGACAUCUGGGAAAUUAGACCUCCUGUAUGCCCAAUCGAUUUUUAGUCAGUGCUCCUGGGAUUACAUCUGACAUUUGGAUGGGGUUAGGGAGUCAAUGGACAUUUUGGCCGUUACAACCCCCACAGCUUCAGUGUAUCCAUAAACUGAAGCCAGGAGAAGUUGUUACUCUUCAUGACUACGUUUGCUGGGAGGGUAGGGGACAAGGAACUACCCUAACAGGACACUUAUUUUUUUAAGCUAAUGAUAGCUGUGUGUAUGUUAAAGCCACCACAUUGCAAGACAUACAUUUUAAUCUCAUUACCACUGCAGGCAAUCAUAUUAUUUACUGGCCUGCAGAUAGAAUUUUGCAAGUAGUCCUUAGGUUCCAGAUACCCUUUAAUUGGACUAGUUUGGUAUCUGAUCGAUUUCAAAAUUUGCUUUCACUGUUACCAGAGGUUCAGAAAAUCUCUGAAGUACAAGGGCAAAUUCACAUGCUUCAAAAUAUGUAUCAAGUUAAAAAGUAUGCCUUUCAGACAGCUUAUAGAGUAUCCACCUUAUGUACUAAGUAUGAUGUAUUGUGUUAUAUGACUAAGAUUGUACAACAACCCCAUCAUAUUAUCGCUAUGGGAAUGUUAUUGCUUGUGUUGUGCAGGAGUAUGUUAUUGUUGUUGUAAAGGACGUAAUAAUAGUAAUACCUUUCAUGUCCAUGCUCAUCAUGCAUUGUCAUUACAUCCAAUCAAAACCCCUAAGGUUGAAGCAUCUGAUGUAGAAUCUGAAUUCCGAGAUUUAAUGCAAAUAGAGAUUUGAAA